CACUUGUGUUAGUAUUUUAAAGUUACGGUAGUGGCAACGCGACAUAACCUCUGAACGUAACGAUUCGUGGUUUUUCGUAAAUAAGACGAAAUAUUUUUCAGUUCGUUAACGAAAAUUUCUGUGGUGUAAAAAGAGGUGAAAUAUUCGAGGAAAGUAGUGCGCAAUUGGCCCUCGACGAGGGAGAAUCGAAAGCGUCGAAAGUAACGAGUCAUCUACCGAUCCAAGAUGGCAGAAGGCCAGGACACUCGAAAGAAAAUUACUGUUAACGUCAAAACGCCAAAAGAAAAACAAAGCGUCGAAAUUGAGGAAGAUGCGAGCAUUAAAGACUUCAAAGAGAUAAUUUCUAAGAAGUUCAAUGCUCAAACGGAGCAAUUAUGUUUAAUCUUUGCUGGAAAAAUCAUGAAAGAUCAUGAAACACUGCGUACACAUAAUGUCAAAGAUGGCUUAACGGUGCAUCUGGUUAUUAAGGCACCACGCACUCCUACUAAUCAAAGCCAAGACUCUACAUCAUCUCAGAGAUCACAAGCUGACAUAAGUGCGAGUCCUUUUGGAUUAGGAAGUUUAGGAGGACUUGUAGGCCUAGCAUCUCUUGGUUUAGGAUCCACCAACUUCAUAGAUUUGCAACAGCAUAUGCAGCGUGAAUUGUUAUCAAAUCCAGAAGCACUGCGUCAAGUACUUAAUCAUCCACUGGUGCAAAGCCUGAUGAAUGAUCCUGAAAGUAUGCGUAGUUUGGUUGCAGCUAACCCUCAAAUGCGAGACUUAAUGCAAAGCAAUCCAGAAAUUAAUCAUAUGUUGAAUAAUCCUGAACUGUUGAGACAAACGCUAGAGUUGGCACGCAAUCCAUCAAUGCUUCAAGAAUUAAUGCGUUCCCAUGACAGAGCUUUAUCUAAUCUAGAAAGCAUUCCUGGUGGCUAUAGUGCACUUCGGCGCAUGUAUCGUGACAUUCAAGAACCUAUGUUCGCAGCAACGGUUAACGAAUACAAUCCUUUCGCGGCUUUAGUGCAAAAUAAUGCUAGCGACGAUAGUCAGAAUAAUCCACAACAGGGUCAAGAGAACAGAGAUCCGUUGCCAAAUCCUUGGUCUCAGAAUCAGAGUGACUCUCCAAACCAGCCACAGCCGCAGCAGCAGCCGCAGCAGCAACAGCAACAACAACAGCCGCAACAACAACAACAACAACAGCAACAAGGAAGAGGUUUAUUGAAUUCACCAGCGAUGCAAAGUCUCGUGACUCAAAUGAUGGAAAAUCCACAACUGCUAAGAAAUAUGUUAAAUGCUCCGUACACGAGGUCUGUGUUAGAGGCUUUUGCAGCAGAUCCCGCUAUGACCAAUAGAGUGAUUUCCGCUAAUCCUUUCUUUCGAGCAAAUCCGCAAAUGCAAGAUCGAAUGAGAACCAUGAUGCCUGCGAUUAUCCAGCAAAUGCAAAAUCCCCAACUUCAAAAUGUCUUAACCAACCCCGACGUUUUAGCCGCUCUCGUGCAAAUCCAACAGGGUAUGGAACAGUUACGCACUGUUGCCCCAGACUUUGCUGAAAACAUGGGAUUGUCUGUACCACCUGUACCACCAACAACAACACCACCAAAUGUAGGUACGACGAAUUCAACGCCAUCGACGACGCAGCCAUCGGAUACUAAUCAGCAAGACGCAUUUUCCCAAUUUAUGGCACGCAUGGUAUCGGCAAUGGCAUUAAACCAAGGUGUAGAAGUGGAUGGUCAACCUGCUCCCCCACCGGAAGAACGUUACAGAGCACAAUUGGAACAGCUUACAGCCAUGGGUUUUGUUAAUAGAGACGCCAAUUUACAAGCAUUAAUUGCCACAUUUGGAGAUAUAAACGCAGCUGUUGAACGGCUACUGUCUAACGGACAAGUGUCUAUGAGCUAACCACCAAUUUGCAAUGCUGUUAUUCCAUUACUAUUUCUAAUUUUUUCCUUAUUUACCUCUUACAACAGACGUAGUGAGAGAUAUUUAAGGUAACUGACUGUCAGAACAAAAGAAAAAAAAAAGCGAAAAAUUAUAAACUUCUACCCCAACUCUUGACAGAAU